GAUACUUCCGGUUCAAUGUUUCCUCAUCUUGGUCUUGGUGGAAUGCUGCGUCAACAAAGCAUUCUCUUGUCGUAUUUGACGCGGGACGAAAACAUGUGAUAUUAUCUUUUGCGUAUAAACUGAUGUAACAGUAAUAGGGCUCCAGGAUGUCUCGGCAUAGAAUAGUGCGUUCUAUGAAUUACGAAGAUGAGUAUUAUGACGAAGAUGAAGAGUACUCAAGAUCUGUUGAGGACAAUUACUGUAUAUCCCCUUCUACAGCCGCUCAGUUCACAUGGAAUCGAGAGAAAAAUCUGGACUUCUCAGCGUACAUGGGAGAGGAAUCGGUUAUUGAUGAAGAGGAGGAGGAGGAAGAUGAUGGAAAUUCCACUCGUGGUAGUUUGAGUGACUCUGCUUCUAGUACACGGCCGCUUUUGUCUGAUGAAGAUCAAGCUCGCUUGAACAGUUGCCUAGAAGAAAUUCGCAAUAUCCUCGGAGAGUCUGUGCCUGAGUCUGUUAUGUCAACAGUCAUCAUUCAAAACCAGUUUAACCUGGAGACGUCACUUAAUCAACUGCUCACACCACAAGAUGCCCCCAAGCCCCAGCGAGAGCCAAGGCAGAGACGCCUUCGAUCUCAAGCAUCCCCAGCUGUCGCAGCAGCAGAGACAGACUGCCCCAGCAAUGGAGUUGCAGCACCAGCUGCCCCUGUGGCCUCAGCUACCGUGCCUGGGCGGGUUCCCCCGGUGGGUAAAAGCGCGGUUGUCACCCCAUCCAAGUCCACAGCCAAGGCCACCGUGGGAUUCGAGACUCCUAAAGAAACCCCGCCUUCCUCACCUGCUACUUCUAAGAAACCCGGCCUCAAAUUGAAAAUGCAAAGUACCCCCCUCGUGCCAUCGUCCCCUGGUUCUGAAAUGGACUCCACUAAGACAAAGACUGUUUCGUCUCGAGUGAGCUCUAAGUCGCCUGAGCCUCCAGACGCGGCCCGGUCUGACCUUGGAAAGGGUGCGGGUGUCCAGGAGGCGGAGGUCAAAGGUGCCGGGGUCGAUUCCAGCCUGAGGAACGCCGUAGAGUUCAUGGGACUGGAGGGAGAUAAGGACGUGAUCCAGGCCUCUGUGGAGUCGAUGAAACCUAGUCAAUUAACACCAAAACCAAAAUCGAAAAAUUCCAAACUCGAUGUGAUGGCAGAGUAUGCAAAAAGACAUGGUGAAAAGGAACUGCUGAACCUAGUUGUCAUCGGCCACGUGGACGCGGGCAAGAGCACGCUGAUGGGCCACCUGCUGUACCAGCUGGGCAGCGUCAACAAGAAGACUAUGCACAAGUACGAGCAGGAGUCCAAGAAGCUGGGGAAGAGCUCCUUCGCUUUUGCCUGGGUCCUGGAUGAGACGGAGGAAGAAAGGUCAAGAGGAGUAACUAUGGACGUUGCUCAGACGAGAUUUGAAACGGACAAGAAAGUAAUCACAUUGCUGGACGCCCCAGGACACAGAGAUUUCAUCCCAAAUAUGAUAACGGGUGCUGCACAAGCCGACGUUGGCAUCCUGGUGAUUAACGCAACAAGAGGGGAGUUUGAGACUGGCUUUGACGCCGGUGGUCAGACCAGGGAACACGCUCUGCUUGCCAGGUCUUUGGGUGUGGGCCAGAUCAUUGUAGCUGUGAACAAGAUGGACACAGUGGAAUGGAAUGAGGAGCGCUACCGUCUUAUCACGAAGAAGAUUGGUCAGUUUCUCUCCAAACAAGCAGGCUUCAAAGAUACGGACGUCUCCUUCAUCCCCUGCAGCGGACUCAGCGGGGAGAACCUGGUGAAGCCAGCGACAGAACCUAAGCUGACCGCGUGGUACCAGCCGGCAGUCCCCCUCAUGGAACAGAUCGACAAACUGCGCCCCCCUCAGAGACCCAUUGACAAACCGUUUCGCCUGAAUGUGUCGGAUGUGUUCAAAGGAAUCGGCACAGGCUUCAACGUGUCCGGCCGCGUGGGUUCUGGUUAUGUGCAGCCCGGGGACAAAGUUCUCAUCCUGCCGGCUGGGAUCACAGCGACUAUCAAAAAUGUGUUCAUUGAUGACUCCCCAUCCUCUGUUGCUUUUGCCGGUGACCAUGUGAAUCUGACCAUGAGCGGAGUGGACAUGGCUAAUGUCAACAUAGGUAGUGCACUUUGUGAUCCUUCUGCUCCAUCAAAAAGUGCCACAAGAAUCAGGGCGAAAAUUGUUCUUUUUUCGAUGGAGGUCCCAAUUACAAAGGGUUUUCCAGUUGUAUUUCAUUACCAGUCCAUCAAUGAACCAGCUGUGAUAAAGAGACUGAUCAGUCAACUCAACCGAAGCACAGGGGAGGUCAUCAAGAAAAAGCCGAGGUGUCUGGUGAAGAACAGUAGUGCCGUGGUGGAGAUUGAGCUUGAGCGUUCUAUGUGCCUGGAGCUGUACUCUGAGUACAAAGACCUGGGCCGGUUCAUGUUGCGGACUGGUGGGCACACAAUUGCUGCUGGUGUUGUUGAAGAGAUUGUGCAAGUGAAAGCAUCUCUCAAUGGAGCUGGCCCGUCCUGAAGGGGAUACACUGUUGGGAUGCUGCACAAUUGUGUUGUCACUUGUUGAAAUUACUUAGAUAAUAGAGUAAGAUAUCUGACGGGUAUUUAUCAGAGUGACUGCCAGGCCAAAGGAAUUUUCGGUGGAGAAAGAAAGAAGUAGCGAAGACUGACAAAGCGUUGGACUUUUGGGGGAAAUCUGUCUCUUUCUGUAUGUAUGGUCCUCAGAGAAAGAGAGUGAUUUUUUUGUUUUUCUGUAGACUGGUCCCAUAUUCUUUCUAAGCACAAAAUGUUACGAUUGUAGUACUAGGUACCACAAACUGGCCGUGCGCCCCCGUGGCACACUGUCAGGAGACCAAAACCCAUAUUUUUACCCUCCUAAAACACCACACAGACACUUGAUAUAUCAGAAGAAAGAGGAGUUUUUCCUCUUUUUAGUGGUAUUAUUUAUUUGAAUCAACGAUUCUUUUGAAAGCAAAAUCGUGCGGGAUAAAAGACAACACUAUCGAGGUUUUCACUGUCGCGGCAGCACGUUUCGUGUAUUGAUUUUUUGAGUGACCUCGGUUGAACAGGAACGGGGAGCGUAUGGUAUUAAAUACUGCAAUCUGAUUCGUCGAUAUUUCAAGAUGAGAAGACGCUCUUUCCGGUCAUAUAUUUCUAAAGACUGUCCUUAAAGAAUUAAUAGAAGAGAUUUGCGUGUGAAAACUUUCGGUGCUGUUUUUUUAUGGAACCAGUGAUGGGACUGACCGGAAAUAUAUCGGCAGAAAGCCCAUUCAUUCCUCUUCAAGAAUAACACAGCCAUUAUACGCAAAUAAACACCGGACGCUCCCCGUCGGCUCGCAAGCAGAGCACCAUCGCCCCCGCUUUCGUAUAAAUUCUCUCUACUUCCCUUCAGCGCAGCCCGGCGCGCGGCCGAUAAGCCGGCGGUCGCGAGGGGAUUUUAAGCUCCCCUUGUGUUUCUUGCCGUUUUGGUCAAAAAGCCAUGUUUACGUCAAUAAAUUUCCAUCUUCUGGUUAUUUAAUAGCCCUGAAAAAAAUUGAGCUUGUUCUCUAUGUGCAUAGGUGUGUGUUUACAAGUUUUUGUGAAUGUCAAUUCAAAUUUAAGAAUGUUGUGACAUCUCAAAAUGUAGACAUUUCGCAAUAUAAAAAACUAACAUUUUUCUGCAACUUCAGACGUUCAUAACUUUGUUGAAAAUGAAGCUAUAUGUAUAAAUUUAGUAUCAAAAUGCUCAGAAUGAUAAAUUCUAUAAGGUAGUGCAGUUAACUAUGAAAUCAGAGGACUUUGAAAUUUCAGUUGUGGUACCUUGUAGUACUGGAGUGGGUUGUUUUUUUUUAUUAUUUAAAAAGAUGUAGAGGAGACUGUAGUUGAGGGAGGCUGCAAACUUUUGUUCAAGCAACAGUAGUGUGAUUGAUAUAAUCAUCGUACUGUUAGGUCAGUCCUCAUUAUCACAGGGAAAACGGAGUUGUGUGAAACCUGCUUUUAUUAACUUUUUAAGCGUGUGUGUUUGAACAUAUAACACCUUUGAGAAAUGUUGAGUCUAGUUUGGCAGUCACCCUGAUUUAUGAAAGUCCUUCCAUGUGAAUGUAUUUUCUGAAAAUAUUGCUGAAAAUAUACUGGGCGGGGAAAAUAAUAUUGUCAGGAAAUGUUGUAAAUGAUGGUGGAAGUAAAAUAUAUAUUUAUGAGCAAUUGUUUUAUUGGAGGCACACUCACUUGGUGAUUGGUGAAAGCUUAGUAUGCUAUGGUGAAAAGUUUAUAAACACCCCCCCCCCCCCCCCUAAAGAAAAAAGGAUUGCAAACAAGCCAGACCAUUGUAAAUGAUUGGUUGGUUGAUCUCCUCUGUGCUUGUGGUUCUUUAGCUCAUCAUGUCUCAUCCCAUCCACCCCCCCCCCGCAUCAUCUGUCCGUCAUUUCCCCAUCACUUUCAUUUCUCACCUUCUUUCUUUGUGCCAAAUGAGAAUAGCGCUCAUAGUACAACUGUUGCUUCUAACUUGAACCUGCGUGCUGAUGAGAGACUUGUACAUUUGUAUGGACUUGCCAUUUCUUGUUGAAUGUGUUUGGAUAGCUUGGUUGUAAAUGAGACAGCAAUAAAAAUGGAUUUGCCUUGAA